CCCUGAGGAGACCUGCGCGCUCCCGCCUCCGCCCGCCGCGGCUGCGCGUAGCGGGGCGGGGCAGCCGGAGCCGGAGCCGCCAUGGCCAACAUGGAGAAACACCUGUUUAAUUUGAAGUUUGCUGCAAAGGAACUCAACAGGAACUCAAAAAAAUGUGACAAAGAAGAAAAGGCUGAGAAAGCUAAAAUUAAGAAGGCAAUUCAGAAGGGUAACAUGGAAGUUGCACGAAUACACGCAGAAAACGCAAUCCGCCAGAAGAAUCAAGCCAUCAAUUUCUUGCGCAUGAGUGCCAGGGUAGAUGCUGUAGCAGCAAGAGUUCAGACUGCAGUGACAAUGGGCAAGGUAACGAAGUCGAUGGCAGGGGUAGUGAAGUCUAUGGAUGCCACGCUGAAGAGCAUGAACUUGGAAAAGAUAUCUGCACUAAUGGACAAAUUUGAGCAUCAGUUUGAAACGCUAGAUGUUCAGACACAACAGAUGGAAGACACAAUGAGCAACACUACUACACUAACAACGCCACAAAACCAAGUGGAUAUGCUUCUACAGGAAAUGGCAGAUGAAGCAGGUCUUGAUCUGAACAUGGAACUACCUCAAGGACAGACAGGUUCUGUUGGUACAAGCGUUGCCUCAGCAGAACAGGAUGAGCUGUCACAGCGACUGGCCCGCCUACGUGAUCAAGUUUAACUUAAACAAAGCUGCAGUUCUUUGUACAUGCUUUCAAAAUGCCCUUUCUGUAACUAACCCUUCACUACACUAGAAAGGUGUAUCCAGUAUGGCUUAGGUGUUUGAAUAUUUGUAAUACAGGAGACUUCACUCCUAGCUUGCUGCUCUUUCUAAAUACAUGAAGUAACCCAGAAGUAUCAGCUCUCUAAUGUCCUCUUCUGUACAUUUUGAAGUUGAUAUAUUUUCUGCAAGCUUUUUUCACAAAAUCAAGUUGAUCAUCUAAGUCAGCUAGUAAUGGUGGUACAUUCUAGCUAGAAGAAAAGCAGAACGUCACUGAUACAUAUUUUAAAUUAUGAAGUGAUUUUUUUUUUUAAUUAUGAGACCUGUUUAUGGUUGAAGAACUGAUGUAUUCAGUUCAGGUGACUGUUGCAGGUAACUUCCUUUAGCAGCCAAACUCCUGGGACACGCAACGGUGGACUGUAUGGAUUUCUUGGAGAAUACGCUUGUUAAAACCAAUAAGUGGACUUCAGUCUGGGUUUUUUAGUCUUCUAAAGCUGAAUGGCAGUUGUGCUGAAAUGAGUUGUUCAGUUAAAAAAUAAGUUACCAAAAGCUGUUUUCAUAUAAUUGGGAACUUGUACAGCGUCAUCACUGUAGUACAGGAGGAAUAAAAUCUAUUUUUCAACUCUU